AUGCAAGCGCAUGGCGUCCACUUCAAUGAAGAGACACAGCGCCUGAUUAACCAGAGAGAAACGCUCAAAGCUGCCAUGUUUGAAACCAUGCUGAAGAGGCCUAAGUUCAUCCCAAAAACAUGGGUUCAGCAGUAUGAUGAGUUCCACAAAGAAGCCUUGCGCGCAACGACCGGCAUAAACUGGGCGAAAAUCAUACUCUUUUAUCCAAGGCAACGCGCGUUUGACGACGGUGAAGCAGAUUUGGGAACUUCACGCGAAGACAUCGCAGCUAUUGGAUUAUUGGUUGUAUUCUUGGGACCGAAUGAUUCGAAAUCGUUCGAAGAGACGGAGAGAGAGAAACAAGCACAGUGCCUGUUCAUGGACACCGCCCUCAUGGAACAUGCGACAGCAAUGAAACGUAGAGGAUCUGACUACAGCGUUCUGCAGAGCGUUCAAGAUACAACCGAGUCUAGCAUUAAGGAGGAACUCCGCCAUGCUGCAAGAACCCCAUUCUAA